AUGAAUCAAUAUCCUGUUAAUAAAAAGGAAAAAUUAGAAAAAUUAUUAAGAAUGCAACUUGCCUCAUAUUGCAAUAGUACAGCUUCAAUAGUAUUAUCUUUAUCCAUUUCAGAUACAAUAAAUUUAUCCUUGUUUGCUUUAGUUGUGCUAGUAUUACAAUUCACUCCAGAUGUAGUAGAUUUGUUCUCAUCUGUUUCAGAUACAAUAAUUUCACAUUUACUUACUUCAAAUGCAAAAAUAUCUGCUAGUGCUUUCCAAAGUAAAAAGUAA